GUUUUGAUGGAAGAGGGUGGAUGCGGUUGUCUUUUUGAAAUCCAUGGUAGUUUGAGGUGCGAGUGCUUAGGUGGACGACAGAAGCCCUGGUUACGGUACGUGGAGAUAUACAUCAGUGGAAAAUAGAGGCCUGGUUCGGCCUGAUUGUACUAGUAUGGAGAGCCACCGGACCAUUGAGAGAUCAGGCGAUCGCGUGUCAUCUGGCCUUCGCUUCGCAUGGAUACUUAGCAAGAUGUAUUUCUCUGUUGCAUCGUAGAAGACGAAGCAACGCCCGGAAAAUCAUUUGGGACAGGUAUAUGUCGACACUAGGCCUAGGCUCCUGAUAGCGCAAACUCCGGUCAGUAUGCAACGUGCUACGACCGAACAGCACGAGCCCUGAUGGCAGGUAUAAUAUCCACUUCAACGACAGAACACGUUUCUACUUUACCACGACAGAGACAACCCAACGUCUUGUCUGGUCUGACUGUUAUGCUGAGCCACUUUCGCGAGAGCUCUCUGUAGCUCCGUGCUUACUUCUCACAUGGCACACCCUCACACCGUUCCACAUGGGAGCGCCCGACGCGCCACAAAUCACUCUUUGCUUAUAUCGACCGGAUCAGCCAGGUGCUACAUGUUCUCAAUCAUGUGGCGUGGCGGCAGAACCACCAGUCUCUAUAUAUGGUAGCUGACGAGACGAAAGGAGGCAAUUCAUACAUCUGAAGCUUACGCAAUGGGGACAUUGCUUAUGGUAAAAACUUGCUGCAAGAUGCGGUGCCUUUCAAAGCGAGGUGACUUGUGGACUUUGCCGAUGCGGUGGGAAUUGAAGGUGGUAUAAGAACAAUUGCGUGCGGCACCAAAAUGACAUUUUCAAGUCAUACUUCCACAGAUCAUUUUCUAGCCUGACAGGAUGCGGUCCAAACUUUCUCUGUGGCUCGUACGCAUGAGCCUGUGCAGCCAUCUAGCUGUCAGUGCGUUCUCGGAAACCAUCAUCAACCCAGGACCCAACGGCCAGUCCAAGAUUUCUUCGACCAUCAAGACGAGUACCAGAGCUUCCACCAACUCCUUUCCUCCCGUCGUCUCAUCGACAUCUUCACCAAUUUCGACAACAUGUCCCGACUUCUGGACGGCCGUAGUAUCCGACCUAGCAUCAAGCAUGCGGACCCCUAACGGACAAUGCAACAACAUCGCUCGAGCAUCCAUCCGCUUCGCCUUCCACGACGCCGCCGCAUUCUCCUCCAAACUACCCUUCUACGCCCCUGCCGCAGGCGGCGCAGACGGCUCACUCCUCCUCUCCCCGACAGAAAUCCUUCGCAAAGACAACGAAGGACUACACUCCUACCACAGCUUCCUCACCUCCAAAUUCCACUCCUACCAAAAAACCUCAAACGACGCCCUCACCGCCGCAGAUCUCAUCCAAAUCGCCGGAGCAACAGGUAUCCUCGCCUGUCCCGGCGGCCGCAUCGGACGCGUUUUCGUCGGACGCAAAGAUACCUCUCAAGCCUCUCCAGAAAAUCUUCUCCCGCAAGCCUUCGGGCCCGGAUCAGAUCAUAAUUCCCUAUUAAACCUCUUCUCAGAUAAAGGAUUCAGUCCUCGAGAUCUCGCAGCUCUCAUCGGAGCACACAGUACAUCUAUCGCAAAAUUCCAAUCCCAAUUCGGAAUUCCUGUCGGCACGCCGCAAGAUUCUACUCCGGGAGUGUGGGAUACGAAAUACUAUCGUGAAGUGUAUAAUAAUAAUCCUCCUCCAGUUUCGGGAGUGGGGAGAUUUGAAAGUGAUGUGAAUUUGAGUAGGAAUUUGUCGAAGGAGGGCGUUGGAGUGCAUUUUAGGGGGUUUGUGGAUCGGCAGGCGGAGUGGGGAGAUGCUUUUGCGAGGGCUUGGGAGAGGUUGAGUUUACUUGGUGUGGAGGAGAGGGGGAGAGGGGAGAUGGGGGAUUGUACGGAGGUGGUGGGUAGGGCGUUUUCAUAG